CAAAAACGUGUGUACGUCACGUCAUUGUCAUCAAUUUUGCAACAUUGAAUUAAAUUAAUAUAAUUGUAAUUCAUUUAUAUUUCUUACAAAAUGUCUAAAGUAACUUUCAAGAUUACCUUGACUUCGGACCCAAAGUUGCCUUUCAAAGUACUAAGCGUGCCGGAGGCGACACCAUUCACUGCGGUGCUGAAGUUCGCGGCAGAGGAGUUCCGAGUGGAGCCAGCCACCAGUGCCAUCAUUACUGACGACGGUAUUGGCAUCAACCCUCAACAAACCGCUGGUAAUGUAUUCUUGAAGCACGGCUCCGAGCUGAGGUUAAUACCCCGAGACAGGGUCGGCAGUGCAUCUACUUAAGUUACCCUAAGUACAUUCCAUUGGAGUUAAGUGAUACUAAAUGUGUUGUUAUUAAGUUGUCUACUUUUGUUACGAUUGUAAAAUAUUUUAUUAAAUAAAAUAACUGCUUAUUUCACAUCUUUAAAAA